UAAAAUCCACAGAAGAAGAAGAAUCAUCAUCAUCAUCAUCCACAACAACGAAGAUGUCGGAUCAAUACGCCACUGUCCAGAGUGGCUCCCUGAAAUUGAAAGGGAUUGGAGUUGUUUCCGCAGGUAAAAAGUAUGUAUUUCAUGUUAUUAUUACUUAUAAGUCAAUGUGCUCUAAAAGUUGUCCACACCUAUGUAUCUCUUUCACCUGGGACGUGAAAGAGUAGCUAGCUCUCUGUCCCUAUAAACCAGCUAAGUUAGCUAACCAGCUAAAGUUAGCUUAGCUACAAGCACACAUGGUAACAACAGCAACAUCAUCGGUUGUUCACUGUAAAUUGUUACAUACGUAGCUAGUGUCAGCCUACUCAAAUUCAUGUAGCUUUAAGUGCAAGUAAACAGACAUCUACUAUUUGCUUCAAACCUUUAGCUGUCGUAACUAUGUAACGUUAGCUAACUAGUUAGCUACCUUGCUAGCUUCUCAUCAACACCCUUUCAUAUACUGGCAUUAUUUUACUAUUUUAGAAAGAAGAAGAAGGACAAGGAGAAGAAGCAACGUUUGGAGCAGCAAAUUAAUACAAAUCGAAACGAAGAGGAGGAGACCAAGAGUGGAUACAUUGACAAAAGAACACCAGCUCAAAUCGCAUUUGACAAGAUGCAAGAGAAGAGGGUAAUCCUCAUUGUCCUAAAUGUAUUGUCCAAUUGAUGUUAAAGCACUGACAUAGAGACAAUGUAGGUCAUGUGAUGAAAUAAUUAAUUCCAGUUUACAAUACCAUUAUUCACCCCCACCUUUUCAAUUUCUUUCAGCAAAUGGAGAGGAUUUUGAACAAAGCAGAAAAAACUCACAAGCGGAGAGUUGAGGUAAGACCUUUAUUAUUUGAUGCAUUUACUGUAAUUCAGAAAGUACGCUUGGAGAAAUUUGAGUUCUACAAACCCCUGGCAUACUAUAAACAACAGUAUUUUUGUUGUAUUUCAGGAUUUCAACCGUCACCUGGACAGCCUGACAGAACAUUACGAUAUUCCUAAAGUCAGCUGGACCAAAUGAAGAGGACUCCAGGAUCACUUUUAUUUUAGAAUAUGCUUUAGAAGUUCCCUUUAUGGCGGUUGUGAUCCAUGAUCUGAGCGCACUCUGACACUCCAGAGUGAAUUUACGAACACACCCUUUGUGUGAAUACAUUUUGGUUCCAUAUGCUGAAUUAUACUAGAUUACACAGGAAUGCUGUUGUAAUCAUGUGUAUUUUAUUAAAGUUAGUUACUUUU